CCCAAAAAGAGUGAUCAUCAAAAUGAAUAAUCAAGUUGAUGAUUCUUGCUAUCAACUUCACCACCACCACCCAAGCCGAAAAUGGCAUCCAAAUUAUGCUUCACCGUAACCAAUUCUCGCUUCUUCACUGCUCCUCUUCCAAGACCCUCUGUUUCUUUAUCUGUUUCUUCUACAUUAUCUUCGUCGUCGAGGGUUCAGUCGAAUAAACUCAUUGGAAGAGAUGUUUUGAGUCGACGCAGACUUGUAAUUAUCUCCCCAAGGGCCACCACUGAUCAGCCAGGUCAAGUUAAAGAUGAUGUUGUUGACAGCAACAUUAUGCCUUAUUGCAGCAUUGAGAAACAACAGAAGAAGUCACUAGGAGAAAUGGAACAAGACUUUCUUCAAGCAUUACAAUCUUUCUAUUAUGAAGGAAAAGCUAUCAUGUCAAAUGAGGAAUUUGACAACCUCAAGGAAGAACUGAUGUGGGAAGGAAGCAGCGUUGUAAUGCUAAGCUCUGAUGAACAGAAGUUUUUAGAGGCAGCAAUGGCAUAUGUAUCUGGUAACCCAAUAAUGACUGAUGCAGAGUAUGACAAACUGAAGAUGCAACUAAAGAAAGAUGGAAGUGACAUAGUGGUUGAGGGUCCACGAUGCAGUCUUCGUACAAGAAAGGUUUACAGCGAUCUCUCUGUUGAUUAUCUCAAGAUGUUCCUCAUAAAUGUCCCUGCUGCUGUUGUUGCAGUUGGAUUAUUCUUCUUCCUGGAUGACAUUACUGGGUUUGAGAUCACAUACCUUUUGGAGCUCCCAGAGCCAUUUAGUUUCAUCUUCACCUGGUUCGCUGCUCUGCCCUUCAUACUGUGGUUAUCUUUCUCAUUUACCAGUCUCAUUGUGAAAGACUUUUUGAUAUUGAAGGGGAUUUGUCCAAACUGUGGUACAGAGAAUAAUUCAUUCUUCGGAACCAUAUUGUCGAUUUCCAGUGGGGGUACCACCAACAAUGCGAAAUGCACAAACUGUCAAACUGUACUAGUGUUUGAUCAAAAUACUCGCUUGAUAACGCUGCCAGAAGGAAGUGAAGCUUGACUGGAAGCAGGAUGGAUGUCAUGAAUGCAGGACGAUCAAUGACCGUAUCAAAUUGUUGCAAGACAAGAUGCAUAUAGGCAUAUGCUGUUGUGAAUGUUCGUAGGUUGUCUUUUACUUUUUCCAGAUUAUUGGAGGACGUAUAUAUCUUUUAUUAGACAAGGGUUCGAUGAAUGUGUGUUCGCAAUCGACCAUAGUCGUGUACAUACAAUAUGGAAGUGCACACCAUGUAUCUCAUAUGUAUAUUCGAAUUCGAUACAAAGAUAAUAUUAACAACAUUAAACCUGCUCGUACCUUGUC